AUGCACCUGCCCCAGCAGCAGCUGCUCCGGUCCAGAGACACAUCUGAGAAGCAGAGAAGCCGUGCAGCUGCCGGGGCGCCCACCCUGUCCGGGAUCCGGUUCUUCCGGAACAGCGGGGAAAUCCUUUGCAUCGAACUCCCCUCCCCUCAGCCCAGAUUCACAAGUUCACUUGAUGUGUCAGACGUCUCUGGCCCGCAGGCCGGAGAGUACAGCUGUGAGUCCUGGAGGAGGGAGUCUGGGAAAGAAAUCACAUCACAGAGAAGCCAAGUCAUCGCCAUCGCAGUGGUGGAUCCCCCUCCCCAGCCGAAGCUGAGCGUGGAUCCCCCGUCUGGAGUAGUGAAUGAAGGGUUUUCCCUGAACAUCACCUGCAUGGCCCCCGGGGACCCCCGUAAGCGGAGGUUUCACUUCUACAAGGACGGAGCUGAACUUGUUCCUGGGGAUCUGGGCUCUGAGAUCAGCACCGUGGAGCCCAGCACCGGCUUUGUGAAAGUCUCUGUGGUCAGCAUUCGUCCCCAAAUCACUGGGGAAUUCACCUGCGGCUACGAGGAGAUCGUGGGCAGGAGGGGGGCCCUGUCCCCCCCGAGCCAGGCUGUGAACGUCACCGUGAACACCAGCACAGAAGCCUUUCUGAGUAUGGACCUUAUAAGUAUUCAGAUCUAUUAA